AUGCCUGCUUCAGCCCUGGUGGAGGAGGAGUCGGGGGGCGGGGGUUCCACUGAAGCAGUGUCAGUCAGCUACCUUCAGAACAGCAAAGAUGUGUUGAGUGAUCACUACGGGCCAGGGUCUGACCUGUGUGUGUCCUCCCCAGGGGCGCCCACCCGCGAUGUCCUGCUGGUCUCUGCCAUCAUCACCGUCAGCCUUAGCGUCACUGUCGUCCUCUGCGGCCUCUGCCACUGGUGUCAGCGCAAACUGGGCAAACGCUACAAGAACUCCUUGGAGACCGUGGGCACGCCAGACUCAGGGCGUGGGCGCAGUGAGAAGAAGGCCAUCAAGCACCAGCUGGAUCCCCAAGGGUCCUUGGAUGGGGGAGAGCCCCAGCAGAGGCACUGCCUGGAUUUGCCGAGUAGAGUCACAGGCAGCACGCGCUCCCGGGCCGGGGCCACAGGCCACUUGCACGGAUAUGGGAAGCUGGCGAGGCGGGGCCUCUUCUGUCGGGGUGCCUCUGCCAUGGCCAGGCUUUCGGAACAGGAUGACUUUGCCAAUAUCCCUGACCUGCAAAACCCAGGAACCCAGCAGAACCAGAACGCUCAGGGGGACAAGAGGUACGAGCACAGGCAAGGGCCUGCGGCGGCAGCGGCAAAGAUGGAGGCGUGGAGAGGCCACCUGCCUCCACCAGCCCUGGCCCGGCUGCUGGACGAGGCGGUGGCACCCUCAGCAAUCCUGGAGCGGGAGGACUGCCCCCUCCCCAGCUGGUGCCCUCACACGCGCCACACCCCCACCCCGGGUGUCCCUUGGGUCCAAGGAGCUGGAGGGACCCUCUUCCACGGCGAGGAGGAGCAGGGGAGGCCGCUCAGCCCGCCUUCCAGCUCCAGACGGGACCAGGGUGCGGCCGAUGAGGCCCCGGAUGCUGGAUCUGAGUGUCAGAGUGAGGGGAGCCAGAAGGACACCCGUGAUGGCUGGCUGUCCCCAGGCUCCGAGGAGGACGAGGCGCACGAGGGCUGCAGCCGGGAGAACCUGGGCCGGAUCCAGUUCAGUGUCGGCUACAACUUCCAGGAGUCCACACUCACUGUGAAGAUCAUGAAGGCCCAGGAGCUGCCAGCCAAGGACUUCAGCGGCACCAGCGACCCCUUUGUCAAGAUCUACCUGCUGCCGGACAAGAAGCACAAGCUGGAGACCAAGGUGAAGCGGAAGAACCUGAACCCCCACUGGAAUGAGACCUUCCUCUUUGAAGGUUUUCCCUACGAGAAGGUGGUGCAGAGGGUCCUCUACCUCCAGGUCCUGGACUACGACCGCUUUAGCCGCAAUGACCCCAUUGGAGAGGUGUCCAUCCCUCUCAACAAGGUGGACCUGACCCAGAUGCAGACCUUCUGGAAGGAUCUGAAGCCAUGCAGCGAUGGGAGUGGGAGCCGAGGGGAGCUGCUCUUGUCUCUCUGCUACAACCCCUCUGCCAACUCCAUCAUCGUGAACAUCAUCAAAGCCCGGAACCUCAAAGCCAUGGACAUCGGGGGCACAUCAGACCCCUACGUGAAGGUGUGGCUGAUGUACAAGGACAAGCGGGUAGAGAAGAAGAAGACAGUGACGAUGAAGAGGAACCUGAACCCCAUCUUCAAUGAGUCUUUUGCCUUUGAUAUCCCCACUGAGAAACUGAGGGAGACAACCAUCAUCAUCACUGUCAUGGACAAGGACAAGCUUAGCCGCAAUGACGUUAUUGGCAAGAUCUACCUGUCCUGGAAGAGCGGGCCCGGGGAGGUGAAGCACUGGAAAGACAUGAUUGCCCGUCCCCGGCAGCCGGUGGCCCAGUGGCACCAGCUGAAGGCCUAA